AGAUAUUUAAUUCUCAUUCUUGAAUUACUUUCCAUUAGUUGUAUAUUUAAGUACUGCCGUAUUUUUAAAGAACUUCACAAACUAAAUUAGGAGUAAUAAACCAAGCAGAAUUAUUACAUGUGAAACAGCAAUUCAUCAACCUCACUGUGCUCAGCGACAUCAAAUUGAAACCAAGAAACAAAUGCAAAUAACGAGUAUGGCGGCAACUGCUCCGUCUAAUGACUACUUCUACCCUGGCAGUAUUGUGAAAUGCACCACCUGCCAUGAAGAAGUUAUUCAGGGGGAGGUCAUCACUUUUGAUCACGAUUCCAAGAUUUUGCUUCUAAAGCAACCAUCAUCAUGUGGAAAGUCAGAUCUUAAUAAUGUUUCUAUGUUGAACCUUGACCUAGUAAAGAGCGUGACAUUAAUCAAGGAAUGCGACGCGCCUUUGCCUUCACUAACUCCACUCAGCUCAUCUAAGCUUUACCAGCGUUUCAAUGAAGAGGUGGAGCUUAAGACAAUGCUCGCUAAAGCACGAGACUCUGGCGUUUCAACUGAGGGGAUCAACCUAUACUUGUGCCUCAAAAAACUCUUGCCUUGCACUCUGAAAGAACAAUCAAUCCUUGUUAUGGAUGAAGUUCUGGUUCAGCCUCCAUAUUUGACUAGUGACUGUGUGGCUAAAGAUGCAAAAAUACCUAACAGUCAAUGUCUAGACCAUGUUCGAGAUUUAGUUGGAAGAUUCCAUAAAGGCGAUAAAUCAAAGUUACAACAAGGAAAUUCUUAACCAUCUUGUUUAUUUAUUUUUAUUCUUAUCGCUUUGUCCUAAUGUAUCAGUGGACAAAGCUACGUAAAAGGAUUAGUCACAAAACCAUAUUAUCAUUACAUGUUCCUAAAUGUCAACCAAUGUUCAAGGUUAAUCAAGAUUAUCCUUGAAAAAAACAAAACAAAAAAGGUUUUACUUAAAAUUCAAGUCCGCGCGAGACACUUUUAAAAAGUAGAACGCUUAUGAUUCAAGUUAACGUGAAACAAUAUGUUAUGUCAUGAAAUGGUUAGACCGUGCACGCAGUGCAUCUCUGUACCAUUAAAGGCGUUUCAAAAUAUUUUCAAAAUAACGUUAUUGAAAAUGGCCUUUAUGGUUUUGGUGCUACGUUUACACUAAAUAUAUGGCUUGACUCCUCCAACGUUUGGAUCCAAGCAACUAUGUGCAAACUUUUGGCCUUUACUCCAAUCUGGUUUAGUUAAAGUUUGCUGUAAAACAAUACAACACAGAGCGAUUGUA